CCGCAGGGAAGGGCCUGGCUUCUGAAAGCCCAGCCAGCGCAGGUCACAGCGCUCCCAUUCAGUGGGAGCCAGGAGAGGGCUGCUCUCCCUCCCCUAGGCCAGGGCUCCUGAGGGCGGCGCGUCUGGCCAUCUCCCUGUUUCCCAAGCUGCGUUUGAACUUCCUCCUGGAGCCAGCACUUCCCUGCACUCAGCACAACUUUCCGGGGCAGAGGACACCCGGAGGGCGAGUGAGCAUCAGCUACUCCAUGCACCCCUGGCAGGCCCCCCAAAAUGAGGCUCCCCGCGACGAUUCUGUGGCUCAUGUUAUGGUCUGUGUGUGUAGCACAAGAUUGUCAAGGGCCUCCUCCGAGAAAACAGACAGAAAUUCUGAUGGGUAUCUGGUCUGAACAGAGCUACCCGGAAGGCACGAAGGUCACCUACAAAUGCCGCCCUGGGUACAGGACGUACGGCGUGAUCACCGUGGAAUGCAGGAGAGGGGAAUGGGUGUCCCUCAACCCGUCCAAGAUAUGUCAGAAAAAGCCCUGUGGUCACCCAGGAGACACGCCCUUCGGCUCAUUCGAACUUGCAGAAGGAAAUAAAUUUGAGUACGGUGCCAGGGUAGUUUACACAUGUAAUGAGGGGUAUAAAAUGAUAGGUGACACUGAUUUCAGAGAAUGCGAUGCAGAUGGAUGGACCAAUGAUAUUCCUCUAUGUGACGUGGUUAAGUGUCUGCCCGUGGAGGAGCCGCAGAAUGGGAAGCUCAUCAGCAGCGCCUACGAACAGAAUCAGGAAUAUACUUACGGCCAAGUGGUCCGGUUUGAGUGCAAGGCGGGCUUCAAGCUGGAUGGGCCGGCGGAAAUACAUUGCUCAGGAAACGGCCUUUGGAGUGGCGAUAAGCCCAGCUGUGUGGCCAUCUCCUGCAGCCUCCCGAAGAUCCCAAACGGCGAGCCCACGUCUCCUAAGGCCUCGUAUCGAGAAAACGAGAGGCUUCAGUACCGGUGCCUCCCGGGUUACAGUUACAGCGGAAGAGCAGAGACCGUCUGCACCCAGUCGGGGUGGACCCCGCCUCCGUCCUGCCAAGAAAUGACAUGUGACCCGCCAAGAAUUGCAAACAGUCACUUCGUUGCUGACAGGAGCAAAUACAGAGUGGGACAUGUAAUCACAUACUACUGUAAAAGUGGCUUUUACCCUUCCACCCGGGGAAAUACGGCAAAAUGUACGGACAUAGGCUGGGAUCCUCCUCCAAGAUGUAGCUUUAAGCCCUGUGACUUUCCAGAAAUAAAACAUGGACGCCUAUAUAGGGAAGAAUCUUAUAGACCAUACUUCCCAGUAGCAGUAGGAAAAUGGUAUUACUAUUCCUGUGAUGACAACUAUGUGACUCCUUCACAAAGCAAGUGGGAAUUUAUGACUUGCACACGAGAUGGCUGGACCCCGGAAGUGCCCUGCCACAGAAUAUGCACUUUCAAUUAUUUGGAAAAUGGGCAUCGUCCACCAUAUGCACAAAGCUAUUUACAGGGCCAAUCUACAAAUGUUAAUUGCUAUCCUGGCUACACACUUCAAAACCAGCAGACCUCAAUGACCUGUACGGAGAAUGGCUGGCUAGAAUGCAUCGUGCCCGAUAUAGAGCAGAGCUUACUUGCUCAGCCCCAGAAAGAGAAAUAUGUCAUUGGAGACGUGUUGACAUUCUCCUGCAGAAAUAGACAUAAACUUAUUGGAGCAGACUCUCUUCAGUGCUACCACUUUGGAUGGUCCCCUAGCCCUCCAACAUGUAAAGAGGAAGUACAGUCCUGUGAUCAACCUCCUCGACUCCCCAAUGGGAAAGUUGCCGACACACCUAAAGGGGAAUAUGAACACGGUGAGGUGGUGGAGUAUGUGUGCAACCCCAGGUUCCUGAUGAAGGGUGCGAGGAAAAUUCAGUGCGUUGAUGGAGAGUGGACACCCUUGCCCGUGUGUGUUGAGGAGGACAGUACAUGUGGAGACGUACCUGAGCUGGACCACGGCGAGGUCGUGUCCCCAGCACAGCCCUCCUAUCACCAUGGAGAGUCAGUAGAGUUCACUUGCGGAGAAGGCUUUACAAUGAUUGGUCAGAGCUCAGUUACAUGCAUUAGGGGAACGUGGACCCAACCACCUCAGUGCAAUGCAACAGUUGAACUGAAGACGUGUAAAUUAUCAAGGGCAACUGCCUAUGAGACAAACUUACAAGAAAGGAAUGACUAUGAGCAUAAUAAGAAAAUCAAUUACACAUGUGGGAGGAAGUCAGAGCAGAAACACUCAGUCUGCGUGAACGGAAAGUGGGAGCCCGAGGUGACCUGCACAGAAGCACCACGAUGCCCACCUCCACCUCAGAUUCCCAAUUCUCAAAAUAUGACCCUGACCGUGAAUUAUCAUGAAGGAGAAAAAAUAUCUAUUCUCUGUCAAGAAAACUUUCUAAUCCAGGAAGGAGAGGAAAUCGUGUGCCAGGAUGGACGAUGGCAGUCAAUACCGCGCUGUGUCGAAAAAACUCCAUGUUCUCAACCACCUAAUGUUGAACAUGGAAGCAUUAAUUCAUCCAGAUCUUCAGAAGACGAGAGAGGAACAUGGGGACCCAAGCUAUAUGCACAUGGCACCACAUUAAGUUAUAUUUGUAAGGAUGGUUUCAAAUUAUCCAAAGAAGAUGGUAUAACAUGCCACCUGGGACAAUGGAGUGCUUCACCACAGUGUGUAGGACUUCCUUGUGGACGACCCCCUGUGGUUGCCAAUGCUAUUCUUCCUGACAGGAUAAACAGUUAUCCACAUGGGGAAAGAUAUACAUACAACUGUAAACCCGGAUUUGGGAUCCGUGGACCUGCGUCUAUAGAAUGUUCAGGAGGAAAUUGGUCCCAUCCACCAGAAUGCACAAAAUCAAUUUGUUCUAGCCCACCCAGCUAUGGCAAUGCCAUCCUCGUAGGCCGGAAGAAGAAUAAUUACAAGUCAGGAGACCAAGUGGCUUAUAGGUGUCCAGAACAUUACCAAAUGGAAGGAUCCAAUUUUGUAGAGUGUAGGGACGGCAUUUGGAUAGGAACACCCACAUGCAAAGAUGUCUCCUGUGGCAGCCCUCCCACAGUGCAAAAUGCCUUUAUACCAAACCAGAAGCCUAGGUAUCGACAUGGGGACACAGCACGUUAUGAAUGCAGGAACUCCUUGAGCCUCUUCAGGAAUGCAGAAGUGACCUGCUUAAGUGGGAAUUGGACAGAACCACCUGAGUGCAAGGAGUCCACAGGACAAUGUGGGCGCCCUCCUGCUAUUGACAAUGGAGACAUUACCACAUUCCCAUCACCAGUCUACCCUCCCGGGUCUUCAGUGGAGUAUCAAUGCCAGGCCUUCUAUGAACUUGAGGGAAACAGGAGAAUAACAUGCCGCGAUGGACAGUGGUCUGAGCCACCCAAAUGCUUAGAUGCAUGUGUAAUAUCAGAAGAAAUCAUGGAAAAACAUAACAUAGAGUUGAGAUAUUCAUAUGCGAAAAAAAUUUAUUCCAGAACAAAUGAUUUUGUUGAAUUUAGGUGUCGAGAAGAUUAUCGUAAAGUGUCACCAGCAUCUGCAUUCCGAGUACAAUGUCAUGAAGGAAAAAUGGAGUAUCCCUCUUGUGCAUAACAUGAGAGCUAUGUGGCAGUUUUCAAAUUAAAAAAUGCGCCUUCAUUCAGAAUGUUUUGAUAUUAAUCCAGUUCUUCUCAAUAUAUUUUUCUAGUAGGGUGAAACUCACUUUUAUUCAUUAGUCAGAAUUCCUGUUAAAUGCCAUGUGGGAGAUGUCAUUGUAAUCUGAGACCAACGGACCACUUCUCAUAAGCAUCUCAUUAAACUGUGACAAACCAA